AUGGGGGUGUUUAAGCUACCAAUGUCUGUAUGUGAUGACCUCAACCGUAUGGUCCGGAACUGCUGGUGGGGUGCAUCGGAAGGGAAGAGGAAGACACAUUGGCUAGCAUGGCCAAAGAUCUUGGCGCACAAAACUCAGGGCGGGCUGGGUUUCCGCGAUUUUCGCGCCUUCAACCAGGCCCUCCUUGCCCGGCAGGUGUGGCGCUUACUAAUUAAUCCUCACAGCUUAUGUGCGCAGGUGCUCAAGGCGAGGUAUUACCCCGAGGGCCGCCUCGAGGAUACAGUCUUCUCCGGCAACGCCUCCCCUACGUGGCAGGCCAUUCAAUAUGGCCUCAAGCUUCUCAAGAAGGGCCUCGUCUGGCGUGUAGGGGAUGGCCGAAACAUCCGGAUUUGGCGAGAUCGUUGGAUCCCCCGCGAGCCUUCACGCCAACUUAUUACCCAACAGGGUACCUGCCGACUACGACGAGUGGCCGAGCUCCUGCACGAGGACGGGGCAUGGCAUCUUGACCUGCUCCAUCGCUACUUCCACCCGGCAGACGUGGAGGUGAUCUCCAGCAUACGUACUUCGACCCGCGUUACCGACGACAUCAUCGCAUGGGCUCCGGAGAAGAACGGUAUCUUCACCGUUCGAUCCGCUUACCGGUUCGCCAUGGACGAGCGCGAGCGUCCACUGGCCACCGCCACGAGCAGGGCACCGGAUGGUCAUCGCGCCUUCUAA